AUGGCUCUUCUGAAACCACUCUUGCUGGCCGGGGGCCACUCAUCGCGGAUGGGCACUCGCAAAGAACUCUUACAUGUCGUCGGUGAUGUCCCCUUGUUCAUACAUCUGCUGAUCAUCCUACGCAAGGCUUGUCCCGAAUCAGAAGUGGUGUUCCUAUCAUUGCGAGAUCUCGACUCGUUAAAAGCCAUUGAGAACGAUCGCCGUAUCACCGCCAUCACGAACAAUCAACUGAUUCUCAACCACGGGGCUGUCACUUUCCAUGUACAUGUAGUCUACGACAGUUCCGGAGUAUCCAGCGAGCAUGACAGCACCGAAAUCGGCCCGGCAGCCGGAUUGUUGGCUGCACAUCACGAGGAUGAAAGUGCUCACUGGUUGGUAGUUGCUUGUGACUAUCCAUUCAUAUCUGUCGCCGCGCUGUCUCAACUUCGACGCGAGUGGACUGCGCCAGUGACCUGUUUUCAGAACAAAGAUGGCCUUUGUGAGCCUUUACUGAGUAUCUGGUCUCCGGGGGCACUGCAGGCACUCGGACAGAACAUUCAAAACGGAAUCCUCGGACCCAGUGCGGUGGUGAAGCGCAUGCGUGGCCAGAUGAUUCGACCACGCGAGGAGAAGUGGGUAUUCAAUGUCAAUACGCGAGCAGAUUUGGAGCUGGCCUCCAAUAUGAGGGAGGCCAAACCCCGAGCGAGUUGA